CUCCUGCCUCAGCUGCUGCUGUCUGCACACUGCCGGCUGAGCUGCGGAGCACUGUACUGCAGGCCAGCAUUACCACAUUCUACCUUUCUGGAGAUUUGGGAUAAAUAUGCAAUAUGAAUUCAUGCCAUUUACUCACAGCCUGAGCGCUAACCGCAUGCCUUUUCUUCAACUGUUUGCGUUCUAAUUUCCAAAGGGGAUUUUGUCCUUCUCUUUUUUUUUUUUGCCAGACCAUGUAUUCGUUUGAUGAAUUCAGUGAGCAGAGUAUUUGCCAGGCUCGGGCCUCUGUCAUGGUGUACGAUGAUACCAGUAAGAAAUGGGUGCCAAUCAAACCGGGCCAGCAGGGGUUCAGCCGGAUCAACAUCUACCACAACACAGCCAACAACACCUUCCGCGUGGUGGGGGUCAAGCUGCAGGACCAACAAGUUGUUAUAAACUAUUCCAUUGUGAAAGGACUGAAGUACAACCAGGCGACCCCCACCUUCCAUCAGUGGCGUGACGCGAGGCAGGUGUACGGGCUGAACUUUGCCAGCAAGGAGGAGGCCACCACCUUCUCCAAUGCCAUGCUGUUUGCUCUCAAUGUGCUGAGCACACAGGAUGGAGGUCCAGCUGUCCAACGCCAAGUCCAGAAUGGGCCCUCUUCAGACGAUAUGGAAGUGCAGAGAAGGCAGGUGAUGGAGCAGCAGCAACUGCAGGCACAGGUGGAGAGGGACCGACGAGCUUCCACAUCAGCACCGACGGCUCCUUUGAGACCGCCCGCCUGUCCCAGUUCCCCUCCUUCCUGUACCAGCCCAGCCCCCCCUUCGCCUCCUCCUCCCCCUCCCCCUCCCCCCCGCCGGGCCCGGGGGGAGGGGGGAGCUGGGAAUCCCCCGCCCCCCCCUCCGCUGCCGGCUGGGGGUGAUGACAGUCCGGGGGCGGGGCUGGCCGCAGCGCUGGCUGGAGCCAAACUACGCAGAGUGCAGAGGUCUGAAGACAGUUCCGGAGGCUCCAGCCCCAGUGGCGGCUCGAAGAACGAGGCCAAUCGAACGAGUGGAGGAGGGGGGCUGAUGCAGGAGAUGAACGCCCUGCUCGCACGAAGAAGGAAAGCAGCUACACAGACUGACAAACCAAGUGAAAAGAAAGAGGAAGAAGGCCAAAGUGAGGAUCCCAGCCCCUCUCCUUCCCCCAUUACUCGUGGACCUGGCCAGCAGAACUCUACAGAUCCUCUGAAGAAGCCAUGGGAUCGAGCCAGCUCUGCAGACAGGUCUUCACUGGUAUCAAGGGUUAAACCAGUAAGCAGCAGCAAUGAUAUGGCCACAGAUGCCUUAGAUUUUGACCGAAUGAAGCAGGAGAUCCUGGAAGAAGUUGUACGCGAGUUGCACAAGGUGAAGGACGAGAUCAUUGAUGCCAUUAGACAAGAACUCAGUAGAAUCAGCACAACAUAAUACCUGUGGAAGCACGGGGGAGUGGAGGAGAGCCGAGUGGAGAGGAGGCUGCAGGAGGAUGUCUGCACUGUGUCUGUGUUAGCUGAGUGGAGAGGGGG